AUGCCCUCGACAGCUCCCUCCUCCAGCGGGACGCUGGCAGCCUCCCGCAGCCCCCAGCACCCCACCGUGCGGCAUGCUGGGCAGCAGUUCUUUGGUCUGCGUGGUUGCCUUGCAGCGCAGCCGCGGCGCGGGGUGAUCAGGAGUGCGGGCCGCCUGGUGGUGCAAGCCAACGAGCUGAACAAGUGGGCAGACCGCAGCAAUUACGAUUCCCACGAUGAUGACUCGUGGAACUGGUCGCAGUUUGACCGGGACACGGCGCAUGUGCUGCUCAAGGUGCUGACGGCAAAGGCCACACAGCGACUGUUGGUGCAGCUGCAAGAGCUGGACCUGUUCAAGGCGCAGUGGUUCAACAACUAUUGCAGCGAGCACCCACCCUCAGACGGGAACAAGUUCCUGCUGGGCCUGUUCAAGGCGCCGUCGGUGGUGGUGCGCGAGCCCAGCACGGGCGUGGACCACACCAUCGACCCCGCCAACUUGGCGCACCGCGUGAUACAGAUCCGCUCAGACAUGGCGCACACGCUGGUGGAGAUGCCCAAGUACAUUGAGCAGGAGAACACAGAGGUGCUGCGCACGCACCUAACCUCCUCCACCUACCUCUCCGGCACCAGCGACAAAGGGUACAAGGAGCGGCGCGGCUACUACCGGCCCCGCCAGUGA